AUGGUUAAAAAGAAGAGUGUCAGUCAAAGUUUGGAUCAAAAGAUAUAUGACCUUAUCCAUUCGCUACUUGAAGAAGAAACAGCCGAAAACAAGAAGAAAUGCGGUGAAGAUGAGAGCGAUCCGUUUGAGUACAUAGCACUAGCCCGAGACUUGAGAACGGGACAAAUACUUGAAUACGUGCAAUUGAAGGAUUUCCAGAUGAGAAGAAUGAAGCGGACGUCGUUGGAGAAAUCUAUUGAUGCGGUUUUGCAAGAGGUGAGGAACGACGAGGCGGAUGAGUUGGCGGAUAUAAUCAAGCAGAAGGAUGCGAAAGCAUUGGCAGAUGCAGCGAACGCUGAUAGCGACUUUGAAAACGUAGAUGAAGCGAACAUGAUGGAGGUGAAGGAUACCAAUUCUUUCAACAAAUCUGUAGUAUCUUUAUGGCAAACGCAGUCCAAAGAGGCCACCUCUGAGCCACAAACGGCGGACAAGCCUGGCGACGACACCGAAGAGAAGAAGCUGAAGAAACGGACAAAGGAUUCAUCGAAACAGUCUUUGAAGAGACAAAAGAGUAAAAUCGAUCACACGCCACCUACCUCGAAAUUGUCGUCUUUGGGAGGGCUCGAAAACAUCACCACCCAAUUAAUGGAAUUAAUAGGGUUACCGAUUUUACAUCCCGAAAUAUAUUUAUCUACCGGGGUAGAAGCACCUCGUGGUGUUUUACUAUACGGUCCACCUGGAUGCGGUAAGACUACAAUUGCAAAUGCGUUGGCGGGAGAAUUGCAAGUACCGUUUUUGAACAUAUCUGCACCUUCUGUGGUUUCAGGUAUGUCUGGUGAGUCGGAAAAGAAGCUUCGUGAGAUAUUUGAUGAAGCCAAAACAUUGGCACCUUGUAUUAUAUUCAUGGACGAAAUAGAUGCUAUAACUCCAAAAAGAGAUGGUGGUGCACAAAGAGAAAUGGAAAGAAGAAUUGUAGCCCAAUUAUUAACUUUGAUGGAUGAAUUGACAUUGGACAAAACCGAUGGUAAGCCUGUAGUUGUUAUAGGUGCUACAAAUAGGCCCGAUUCUUUAGAUGCUGCUUUGAGAAGGGCUGGUAGAUUUGAUAGAGAAAUAUGUUUGAAUGUUCCAAAUGAGGAUCAGAGAUGCUCUAUUUUAUCUACAAUGACAAAGAACUUGAAGUUACAAGAGGGCGAACAUUUCAACUUCAGAGAAUUGGCUAAGAUGACGCCAGGUUACGUGGGAGCUGAUUUAAAAAGUUUGGUUACCGCAGCUGGUAUCACUGCUAUAAAAAGAAUUUUUGAAAGCUUAAGUGAACAAGAAGAGGAAUUGCUAUUAAAAGAAGUUGGCUCGAUUGAUAUAGAUCCUAUGGAUGUUGAUAAUAAUAAUACUAAUAAUGAAGCAAACGAUAAUAUUGAGAAUGGUGCAUUGAGUCCUAGUAAUACUUUCGUGGCUAAAUUCGAAAAUAAAUCAGAUCUAGAAAAAUUAUCUACUAUCCAAAGGUUCUUAGUAAAGCAUCCAAAUCCUUUGAGUCCCGAGCAAUUGGCUCCACUAUGUAUAAACUAUUCCGAUUUCUUGAACGCCAUUCCAACAAUUCAGCCGACUGCUAAAAGAGAGGGAUUUGCUACUGUUCCCGAUGUCACCUGGCAGAACGUUGGUGCAUUAGCUCACAUUAGAAUGGAAUUACAUAUGUGCAUUGUGCAACCAAUUAAGAAACCAGAAUUGUAUUUGAAAGUUGGUAUAACUGCACCUUCUGGUGUAUUAUUAUGGGGUCCACCAGGUUGUGGUAAAACAUUAUUGGCAAAGGCCGUUGCUAAUGAAUCUCGUGCAAAUUUUAUCUCUAUAAAAGGACCUGAAUUAUUAAAUAAAUAUGUGGGUGAAUCUGAAAGAGCUGUGAGACAGGUUUUCCAAAGAGCUAAGGCAUCUGUUCCAUGUAUCAUUUUCUUUGACGAAUUGGAUGCAUUAGUUCCAAAGAGAGACACCUCAUUGUCCGAAUCUAGUUCUCGUGUCGUCAAUACUUUGUUAACUGAAUUGGACGGCUUAAACGAUAGAAAGGGUGUUUUUGUGAUCGGUGCUACAAACAGGCCGGAUAUGAUCGAUCCUGCUAUGUUGAGACCAGGAAGAUUGGAUAAAACAUUAUAUAUUGAAUUGCCUACUAACGACGAAAGAUUUGAAAUUUUGAAGACAUUGGUAAAUGCAAACAAUACCCCAUUAGACAAAAACGUUGAUUUAAGAAUAGUUGCAGACGAUGAAAAAUGUAGAAAUUUCUCCGGUGCAGAUUUGUCGUCUUUGGUAAGAGAAGCAGGUGUGUUAGCUUUGAAAAAGAAAUUCUUCAAGGGUCAACAGAUAAAAGAAUUAGACUCUUCAGGAUUCUACGAGUCCACAGAAGGUAAUGAUGAUGACGAUAUUGUAGUAACUAACGACGACUUUAAGAGAGCAUUAUCUAGUAUUAAUCCGAGUGUGAGUGAUAAAGACAGAUUGAAAUAUGAAAGAUUAAAUAGGAGAAUGGGGUGGAAUGUAAUAAGUGAUACCACAGAUGGAUCUGAAACAAAUAAAGAGAAUGGUACGUCAGAUGUCGCUUAA